AUGACUGGUCAAGAAAUGAAGAGUUUCACCAGCUCUGUAACGGAAACGAAGGGUAUUAUGGAGACAUCAAUUGAAAGUGUUCAAAGGCGAAAAGCCAACUACAAGCCAAACAUAUGGAACUAUGACUUAUUGUUACAAUCUCUCACCAGCGUAUACUCUGACGAAGUGUAUAGAAGAAAAGCCCAAAAGCUAAAACAGGAAUUAACGUGGAUGUUUACGGAAGUGAAUGAUAAAUGGUCCAUGCUCUACUUAGUAGACACGAUAACGAAAAUAGGUUUGGCAAGUUACUUCCAGCAAGAAAUCAAACAAUACCUAAGUUCUCUUACGAGGACUCCACAGAAUGUCAACUCACGACGAGAUGGUGGCGUCGACCUUUACUCGACGGCACUUUGCUUUCGGCUUCUUAGGCAGUUUGGGUUUGAAGCAUCACAAGAAAUGUUUCGAGGAUUCGUGAAUAAAAAUGGAGACUUCAAGCCUAGCUUAUCUUUCAACGUGCAAGGUGUGAAAGAGCUUUAUGAAGCCUCGAACCUGGGCUGUGAAUGGGAAGAUAUAACGAAUGAGGCUAGAUUAUUUUGCAUCAACACACAUUCAACGGAUAACAUUCUCGCUUUGCAUUGGACAGCCGAAUGGUACAAUCUCAAGAAACAUAUCCUUGCAUAUGAAAAAGAGGGCACCACAAACUCCAAGUUGUUAGAGUUGGCACGUCUUCAUUUUAAUAUAGUUCAAGCCACACACCAGGAAGAUCUCAAGGAAAUAAUAAGGUGGUGGAUAGAACUUGGGAUCAUUGAAAAGUUGAGCUUUUCAAGGGAUAGAAUAAUAGAAAGUUUUCUCUACGCAGCCGGAGUGGCGUAUGAGCCUCAACAUGGGAGUCUUAGAAAAUGGCUUACCAAAGUUAUUAAGUUGGUAUUAUUAAUUGAUGACGUUUAUGACAUUUAUGGUUCCUUGGAACACUUAGAGUGCUUCACCAAUGCUGUGGAUCGGUGGAGGUAUGAAGAAGUAAGAGACCUGCCAGAGUGUAUGCAGGUAUGCUUUUCGACUUUGUAUAACACAACUGCUGACAUAGCUGUUGAAAUUCAGAAGGAGAAAGGUUGGAAUUCAGUGCUGCCACAUUUCCAAAUUGCCUGGGGAGAAUUUUGCAAAUCCUUACUUUUGGAAGCGAAGUGGGAUAAUACUGGUUACACACCAUCACUUGAAGAAUAUUUGGAGAAUGCUUUCAUAUCAUCAUCCGGCCCUUUAGUUUCUCUCCUUAUAAUUCUUGGAGUACAGAAUCCAGCAUUAAGAACAAUCUCGGAAAUUCUCAAAGACAAUAAGGACCUAAUAUACCAUACGUCCUUAAUCAUUCGUUUGUGCAACGAUCAAGGAACUUUCACGGAAGAACUGAAUAGAGGAGACGCUCCCUCAUCAAUUAUUUGUCACAUGAGAGAAUCGAAUGUAUCGGAAGAGAGUGCAAAGGAGCAUAUCAAAAGCAUAAUAUCACAGACAUGGGAGAAAAUCAAUGGCUAUUGCGUCGUUGGGGAUGAACCAAUCAAACACUACUUAACUAAUGCGGCAAGAGUAGCCCAUUUCAUUUAUCAACAUGGAGAUGGAUUUGGAGUUCAAGAUAGGAAGCGGGUUCUCUCCAACUUGAUAGAUCCUUUACCCCUUUACAACUGA